GUGAUGGGAUCAAACGAAGGAACUACUUCAAUGGAGGUGGUUAACUCGGUUCGUGCAUGUAUUCCAUCUAAGCCAAUCUUCGAACCCCUAAAGGCUCACGAGAUAUCUGAAGGCAAAACCCAGUUCAGAGAGGUUGCAGUUCCGCGUCAUCGUUACACGCCGAUGAAGAAUGCCUGGAUGGAUAUCUAUACGCCUGUGUACGAUCAGAUGCAUAUCGACGUCUGUAUGAAUAUGAAAGCUCGAAAGAUUGUGUUGAAGACACUGGCCGAUACCCCAGAUGUCAGUAACUUACAAAAGUGUGCUGAUUUCGUCCGUGCUUUCAUGCUAGGUUUUAAUGUAAUCGAUGCCUUGGCUCUUUUGCGUAUGGAUGAAUUAUAUUUGGAUUCGUUUGAAAUAAAGGAUGUGAAAACUCUACGUGGGGAACAUAUAUCUAGGGCAAUUGCAAGACUUAUUGGGAAGGGUGGGAGGACAAAGACUGAGAUUGAAAAUUCUACUAAGACUAGAAUUGUGAUUGCAGAUAAGAAGAUUCAUAUGCUUGGAUCGGUUUCUAACAUGAAGGUGGCUAGGCAUUCACUUUGUAGUCUCAUUCUUGGGUCUUCUACUGUGAAUGUUUCUUCUAAGCUUAGAGCUGUUACUGCUCGCAUGGUUGAGAGGUUUUGA